AUGGACGAGGAUGCGGCGCUCGCGGAGCUCUGCGUGCUCACUGGUCUCGAGCCCUCCUCGGCGCGGCAAUUGCUCGCAGCCGCCGGCAACGUCGAGCUGGCGGCAAGCCUGUACUUUGACGGCAGUCCAGGCGCUGUGUCCGAUGCGUCCGACGGUGAAGGAGCAAUCUUUCAGAUCGACGACUUGGAAGCGCCCUCAAUCGAGGAGGCGAGUGUGCGCCAGAACGGCCUCGAUCCACUCGACCUCUUUGCGGAGACGGACGAGACGCUGCUGAUAGACAGCAGUCGAACCGCGGGCGGGCGCCGCCGUCGUAACUCACGGCGCGCCGGUGACUCUUCGGACGGGGAGGAGCUGCCGUCGGGAGGCCGCGCAAAGGGCAAAGGCAAAGCCAAGGCGGCGGCGGCGGCGGGCGUGCAGAGCUCCUCAGCCACGAGUGACGCGAUACCCGUUCCGGCGGCAGGCCGGCGGCGCGAGAAGAAGGCGCUGCAGAGCAGCCGGCGCAGGGAGGAGGGCCUGCCACGAGCGGGGAGCUCUCCCCGCGAGGGAGUCGUCUCGCUGGGGGGCGGCUCGCUCUCCGACGGGAGCGACCGCAGCGAGCAACCGCGCAGCGGAGCGGCGCAGGGCAGCCGAGGCGGCGCUCGCUGCGGCCCCCGCGGCUCGGCCUCGGCCUCGCCCUCCGUGUCGCCUUUCCACACCCCGCUUGCGGCCGAGGCGAGCCCGCCGCCGCCCCUCGCCCUCGAGACGGCUCCUGCGCCGCCCCGCCGGCGCGGAGGCGGAGGCGAGGAGGGCAGCCGCUGCCGGGCCGAGCGCGCGAUCUCGCGGCUUCUGUGGGACCCGACAUACGACGCAGUGCGUGCGGGCCUGCUCGUCGAGUGGGACUCGCAGCAGGACCGCCGCUCCCGCCGCUCCGGCGCGGCCGCCUGGUCUGCGCGGCUGCCGCUCGACUUGUGGCCGAUGGUGCUCGACGGGUGCCUCGGCCGCGAGCUCUGCGCCCUCGCGGCGACGUGCCGCGACUUGCACGCGGCGGUGGGCGCCUCGCACUCCUUGUGGGCGCGAGAGCACGGCCGCGUUCUCGGCGAGGCGCCGCCGCCCGACCUGAGCACGGCUGCGGUGCGCGCGGUGCUCCGCAGGGCGGAGGCGCGCAUCGCUCCGUGGAUGGCGCCGCCCCCCCUCGCUCUGCUGCAGUACGACGGCGAGGGACUGCUGAUCUCUGCCGACGGCGGCGCGGAGACGAUUUACUCGAUGAGGGACAAGCUCAGCACCUCGCUCUCUGCCUUCUCAACGGAGGACGAGAAGUCCCCUCUCAUGGCGCUAUUGACCUCGCUCGAGGACUGGCUGUACGAGUACGGCAUGGACGCGGAGAAGUCGGUCUACGACUCAAAGUACUCCGAAAUCAUGAACAAGGCAGGGAGGAGCUGCAAGAAGGUUGUUCGCCCUCCGGCCCCCAUCUCGUCGUGCGUCCUGCUCGGCGAGUCGCUCGCCGCGUCCGCCUCGACCGACGGCGCCGUGCGCCUGUGGGACCCGCUCCGCUCCAGCGCGCUCCAGCGGCAGCUGCUGUGCGCCCGCGCCGGCCGCAUCCUGCUGCUCGACAUCGACUCGCACGCCAUCCUCUCCGCGGUCCCGCCGCCAGCAGCAAGGUCGCCGAUAGUCGCCAUGGCCGCCGACGACGGGCGCGGCUUCGCCGCCUCCGCCUCGCUCACCGCCGGGCAGGUCCACUUGUGGGACGUGAGGCUGCUGCCGGGGCCCGAGGCCGUGGGCGGCUCGGACCUCCUGCGCGCGGGCGGAGGCGACUUGUGGAUGGACCUGCCCCCGAGCGCGCGCCGAGCCUUGGUCGGCUCGAUGCCGCUGCCCGUGCGCGGCACGACGGCGCGGCAGCUGCACCUCGACGGCAGCAAGCUGCUCGUCGGCAUCGACGGCGGCGUGCACUGCGGCACGCCCUUCUCCUGCGCCUCGCAGACGGUCGCGCUGUACGACAUGCGCGCGCUGCGAGGCUCGAGCUGCUCCGCCCCCGCCGCGCGGCCUCUGUGGGAGGCGCGCGUGCCGGGCUCCGCGACGGCAGGGGCCGAGGCGGCGGCCGUGUUUGGCGGGCCAGACUCGCGCCGCGACCGCUGGCGGUCCGCCGAGAAGGAGGCGGGGCUCGGCGGCGGGCCGACAGACAAGAAGUGGCGCGCAAAGGUGCGGGCGGCGCGGCACGCCGACGAGCUGCUGGCGGAGGUCGAGGCAGAGAAGCGCGGCAAGGGCAAGAAGGGCAAGAAGAAGAAAAAGGGCGGCGGGAGCGGCGGCGCUGGGCCGUCGCAGGAGUCCGAGGCGCCGUCAGAGGCAGCUGCAGCCAAGCCCGCGAAGCUGGACAGGGAGGGGUUGAUCAGGCUUCUCGAGACGCUCCACGAGGAGCGGAUUCGGGCGGAUGCCGACUAG